GGUGCCAUUUGUCUUCCAUAAAUUCUUCACUGGAUAUGGAAAAUGAUAAGGAACCCUUUGCUGAGCAGAAUGACCAAAGCGCUUCCGCCACCAGCAAAGAUGAUCCUUCCACUCGACGGGUUGAAGAAUUGAGUGAAAUUGUUGAAGAAACCUCACCUGGUCAACACCAGAGUCCAAAAAAUCUUGUAUCGGAGAAAGAAUUGAUGGUUAUUGAGGACACCAGAGAGGAUUAUUUGAGAAUAAACAUGCCCCAAACACCAAGUCGUACUCCUAAAAGAGUAAAUUUUUCUCCAUUACCGAGCCCUAGCUCUACGAAAGUUAAUUGGUCCCCAGGGCCCUCACCAUCAAAAAAUAAACUAACCAUAAAAACCCUUCUACCUAAACUAAGUUUCAAACGUCAAAGUAAUACGUCAGACAUCGAGAAGGCAGCCAUUAUACAACUAGGAGAUUCACCUGCAGGGAUAUGGGAAAAGAAUCCAAUUUCAAGGACAUUGUCUCUUACAAAGCUAUUUACAUCAAAAAUGAAUACAGCAUCAUCCUUACCUGUAAGCCCAAUCGCUCACUCAAAUCCAGAGUCUAUGCAUGGAGGGAACGUGAUGAGUCCGUUAAGUCCUGUUAAAGGAGGGGCCUGGCAAUCUAUUCACCGUUCUCGUUCCGUCCCCGAGCUUAGCAAAGAAGGUAGCUUGUCUGUACGUGGUGGUGGUUUUCGUGUAAUUCUCACCACACCACAGAGGGCUGAAGGGGCUGUCAUGACAACAACAAAGACAUCCCUAGAAGAUGAAACGGAUGGGAAUGGUGAUAAGGGUGAAGAUAUUCCUGAAGAGGAUGCUGUUUGUAGAAUCUGCUAUGUUGAACUGGGUGUGGGUGCUGACACCUUCAAGAUGGAAUGUAGUUGCAAAGGUGAACUUGCUUUGGCCCACAAAGAAUGCGCUGUAAAAUGGUUUAGUAUUAAAGGUAAUAAAAUAUGUGAUGUGUGCAAGCAAGAAGUUCAGAACCUACCUGUCACGCUUCUACGAAUUCAAAACUGUCAGGUCCUUAACUUGCAAGAGAGUGGUCAACAAGCUGAUGUUCCUAGAUAUAGGAUAUGGCAGGAUGUUCCAGUUCUAGUCAUUGUCAGCAUGCUUGCUUACUUUUCAUUUCUGGAGCAGCUUCUGAUUUCAACAAUGGGAUCUGGUGCAAUAGCCAUAUCUCUCCCAUUUUCCUGCAUAUUAGGUCUUCUUGCAUCCAUGACAGCUACAACAAUGGUACGCAGAAAAUAUGUCUGGGUUUAUGCGGCCAUUCAAUUUGGUCUGGUGGUUCUCUUCGGACAUAUGUUUUACUCAUUUGUUCAUAUCCAGGCCGUUCUAUCUGUUCUCGUUGCCACCCUUGCUGGGUUUGGAGUUACAAUGUGUGGACAUUCUAUCCUUGUUGAGGUUUGUAAGUGGAGGAGGUCUUUGUCUCAAUCAAAUCAACAGCAGGGUUCUCAGGAGGUGACGCAACCAGAUCAAUUGCCUGAAACUGCAGAUCAAUUUCAGGCGGAUCCUCAUCACCAUGUAAGUGGAAGGGGAGAUGUAGAAGCUAUCCAUAGAAGCUGAUGGCGGGUAUUUUAGAAUUCAUUAAUGCCACAAGUAGUGCAGCAUUAAGGAGGGUGGGUUUAGUCGGACAAAAAAAA